UCGCACAGUUCCGCGACUAUCAUCUUGAGAAAUUCUUCGGUCAAGGAGAUCCUCGUAUUCUGGACGUAUGGAUUCAGGGCUCUUGAAUUGAUUUUCGAGGUCAUGGACUGUCCAGACCGCUAUCGCGUCAUUUGCGCACAGUUUCAGCUGACCGGUGAUGUCCGACUCUGGUGGAAUGCCUACUGGAGUAUGCGUCCCGACGAGAAAGAAGGUUGUACCUGGGAGAGGUUCAAGGAGCUAAUCCACGAGAAGUAUUAUCCCACGUACUACCGAGCCGAGAUGGAGCGUCAGUUCCUGUCGCUCAAGCAGGGUACUCGUUCUGUUGAUGAGUACGAGAGGGAAUUCACUAGACUCGCGGCCUUUGUUCCUGAUUUGGUGCGUACAGAGGCACAGAGGGCACAACGUUUUAUUGACGGACUUUACCCAGCAGUCCGUCACAACAUUGUAGGUCACAGAUCCCAGACCUACGCUCGUGUUGUUUCGAUUGCCCAGGAGGUGGACGCCAACAUUCGGAGGGAGGCAAACCGCGACCGUUCUCAACCAUCUGCCCCCACCCAGUCAUCCACAGCUCCACCGGUUCCACCAGCUGCCCAACAAUCAAAGGAUAAGAAGAGGAAGGGGAAAGGCACCCAGACCGACAGGAGGACACGCCAGAGGCAACAGCAGCAGCAGAGAGGCAGACAGGAGGCCCGAGUCUAUGCAGUUGAUCAGGCCGAGGCAGAGCAGCAGCCAGGUACCAUGUCAGGGAUGCUUAUGCUAAAUGAUGUUCCUGUUUUCGCCCUGUUUGAUACUGGAGUGACACAUUCUUUUAUAUCACGACGAUGUCUUGAUGCCAUUGGAGUACAUUCUGUUACCGCUGUCGAUCCUCUCGAGGAGAGUUUAGCCUCGGGACGAAAGAUAGUGACCACUGCUAAAGCUUUAGAUCUCAGCCUUUCCAUCGGUGGUCGUAUAUUGUCUACCGACGCUUAUGUUCUCGAGAUGAGGGAUUUUGACCUCAUUCUCGAUAUGGAUUGGCUAUUAUAUUUUCAAGCAGAAAUUCGAUGCCAUAACCGGGAGAUUACUCUUCAUCUUCCGGGAGACGAUUUGAUUACUUUCUUUGGCACCAAGAAUCAUUCCUUACCUCAUGUCAUUUCCAUGGCGAAAGCCACCAAGAUGUUAAGACAAGGCAACUGUCAGAGUUAUCUUGUGAGCCUUGUCGAUGAUUCUCCGAAGGCACGAACACCUCACGACGUUCUUAUUGUCCGUGAGUUUGUUGACGUGUUUCCGGACGAACUUCCAGGAGGACCACCUAACCGGCAGGUAGAGUUCUCUAUCGAUCUCAUUCCAGGAGCCGGCCCAGUAUCCAAAGCCCCGUAUCGAAUGGCGCCGAAGGAGUUGCAGGAGCUUAAGGCACAAAUCCAGGAGUUAUUGCGACUCAGUUUCAUCCGGUCGAGCAUUUCACCAUGGGGAGCACCCGUUCUUUUUGUAAAGAAGAAGGACGGUUCCAUGCGCAUGUGUAUUGACUACCGGGAUCUUAACCGGUUGACGAUCAAGAAUAAGUAUCCGCUUUCCAGGAUUGACGAUUUAUUUGAUCAGUUGAGUGGAGCUUGCAUUUUAUCCAAGAUUGAUUUGCGAUCAGGCUACCAUCAGUUGAAAAUCAAGGAGUCAGAUACUGCUAAAACCGCUUUCCGUAGUCGUUACGGCCAUUAUGAGUUCGUCUUCAUGCCAUUUGGCCUCAGUAAUGCUCCAGCGGUUUUCAUUAAAUUGAUGAACCGUAUUUUCCAUCUCUACCUCGAUCAUUUCGUUAUUGUUUUCAUUGACGAUAUUCUUAUCUACUCCAAGAUCCAGAAGGAGCACGAGGUUCAUUUGAGGUUUGUUCUCGAAACCCUCAGACAAGAAAAGUUAUAUGCAAAAUUCUCCAAAUGCGAAUUCUGGCUCCAACGAGUAGCCUUUCUUGGCCAUGUCAUUACUCAGGCACGUAUCGAGGUAGAUCCU